AUGAUCAAAUUUAAGGAGUGCAUUGAACAAGUUGGUGGUGAGAAAACUGUAACUACAUUGAUAGCAGAUGUACCCACUAGAUGGAAUACCACUUAUGAAAUGCUUAAUCGUGCUCUCAAAUUCAGGCGUGAGUUGGCAAUUCUCCAAUUGAGUGAUAGAAAUUACAAGUAUUAUCCUUCAGAAGAAGAGUGGAAUAGGCUGGAAAUUCUUUGUCGGUUCUUGCAACCAUUUUGUGAUAUCACUAAUUUGAUGUCUGGCACUUCUUAUCCUACUUCUAACUUGUAUUUUCUACAAGUUUGGAAAAUUCAGCGUGUUCUCAUUCAUAUGAGUAAUGAUGAAGAUGUGGUUGUAAGUAGCAUGGCUAAUAAGAUGAUGGAUAAGUUUCGAAAAUAUUGGGAAGAGUAUAGUGAUGUGCUUUCACUAGGAGCUGUUCUUGAUCCUCGGAUUAAGUUUACUACAUUAUCUUUUUGUCAUAAAAAGAUUGAUGCUUACACACAUGAUGACAAGAUGGAAAAUAUAAAGGCAAACGUGUAUAAGCUCUUUGAGAAUUAUGUAAACAUUAAUUCAUCAACUACCAUUGAUCAAAGUCAAGAUAACACUCACUCUUCAAGUCAAGGGUCAAUGGAAACGAGAGGAUGGAAUGAUGAGAUCUUUGAUGAAUUGUUCUUGCACAAUCAACACCUUGCAAUAAAUGCUGGAAAAUCUGAACUUGAUGUUUAUUUAGAGGAGCCUAUAUUGGUUAUUGACAACUGGAAUAGUUUUGAUGCAUUGCAAUGGUGGAAGGAUAAUAGUUGUCGUUUUCCGAAUCUAUCAUUAAUGGCUCGUGACUUGUUAAGCAUUCCUAUUACCACUGUGGCAUCUGAAUCUGCUUUUAGCAUUGGAUCACGUGUGCUUAACAAAUAUAGAAAUAAGUUGUUGUCAAAGAAUGUUGAAGCUUUAGUAUGUACCCGCAAUUGGUUGGCUGGUUUUGAUGCCAAUGAUGAUGAUGAUGAUGAAGAUGGUAUUUCCCAUAUAUUAGCUUCUUCACGGGGAUCUAAUGGUCAUGAAACUUUGUAG